AUGAGCAACGAAUUGCGUCAACGUCAACCGAACUACGACCCAUUCAUAUAUUCAAAAUCACAAGUACCGCCGCCAGAUUUCAACGACGAAUUAGACGAUGGUCUCGUGAAAGACAAAUUCAAAGAUUUUGCUGAUAAAACGACGGCACAUGGUGCUAAGCGGAUUCUGAUUGCACAUAAUGGCAUCAGCAGAAUGUUCUGGAUGGGCUUGAUUGUGGUCUUUCUCACUCUAUUCCUUUAUCAGGCCACUACGCUUGUUUUAAAAUACAAAAAACAUGAAAAGAUUACGAGUAUCUCGCUCAAAUUUGACGACGUAGAAUUCCCAGCAAUCACUUUCUGUAAUCUCAAUCCAUACAAGAAGAGUCUGGUGAUGAUGGUGCCAUCUAUACGAGACACGGUGCUACAAUUAUUUGAGAAAGAAAUCGCACAAGGACAAGAAGAUUUACGCAAGCAGCAAUUAGCUCGAGGUGAAAUUCGACGAGUCGUAAAAAGAGAAGCCAACUUCGAUCCAAGAUAUGAGGCGAUUGAGGCUCAUUGCAAAUGUGUUGGUAACCUUGAUAUGGAAUGCAUACGAUUCGAGACUCCACCGAAAGACGAGGUAUUUCACGUCAGAAAUUUUUGAUU